AUGGAACCCCCCCGCAUGGCAUCAAUUGGGAGCAUCAUCAAACUUCAUGGUAAAAAGUACUAUCUAGCACCGGCACAUGUUUUCAAUCUUACUGCUCCAAAUAUGACUUCUGAGAAGAUGAACUCGCUCUCUGAGGAUAGCGAAUGCGAUAUAGGCGAAUUCGACAGUGAUGACGAAAGCUUAUCGGGUGCUCAAGAUGAAGCUGACUUCAUGAGUCGACAUAGCGCUAGUGCCGAGUCUAGCGAUAUAGAAGAGGACUGGGACCUUGAAUCCAGUGAUACGAUGUCAGGUGGAGAAUCUACGCAGGACUUUGAUGAGCUGCGUGAACUGCCACCAAGCACUGCGAUGGCCAACACUAAAUCACGUCCUCCUGCAGAUGACAUGAAAUUAUUCUCGGUGAAUCACCGCGCCUUCUCAAAUUCUAAGCCGCCUCGACUGAGCUCUGAUAGUCUUGACUAUUGUCUCAUAGAAAUUGAUGAUGGUGAGAACAUUUCGACAGAUUUACCUGUUCUUUCCGAAGACACUAUUGGCCAGCUCAACGGUAGUUCUGUCAAUGUGAUGGCUAUCACGGGCUCAGGCAAUGUCCUCAAAGGCAUUCUUUUCGGUCGAAGAUCAUGCAUCCGAUUGCCAAACUCCACAGACUUCGUUGAAGUCUUGUCUCUUCAAUUUGAAGACUCGCUCCAACCUGGUGUCUGCGGCUCGAUAGUUCAAGAUGAAAAUACCGGCAAGAUAUAUGGACACCUCGUCGCUGGUGACCCAGGAUCUCAAUUCGCUUUCAUUGUUCCUGCUAUCAAUGUCUUGAAUGACGCCAUGGCCAAAAUGUCCGAGCCUAGGACAAUGUUGGCAUAUGACUUGGGAAAAACACCUCCUCCCUCAUUCUCACACGAACUCACCGCCGAGCCAACGACUCAGUGUGACAAUGCAUAUUGGUCUAGCCGAUCACCGUCCGUCUUUCGCAUUGAAGAAACGUCAUCCUCGGAUACAUCGUCUGAUGAGGGAUCCAUUAAUGAUUCUUCCUCUUUAGAUAUCUCGCGCGAUGGCCUGAGCCUGGCCGAUGAUGAUUGUGGCCCUUUAUCGGGGGAUACAUCACAUGCGCCACCGGGGCAUUUCACUGGGAAGAUACCACUAGAGCAAGCGGUAACCGACUUGGUUGAGAUUGACGCAGCUGGUACGAAGAAAAAUAUGGUUGACCUGGAAGAUGGGAAUUUGCUCAAAAUACGGAAUGAUUACCCUAACACUAGGGUGUGGCUGCUUGAGGACUCGUCUUUCAAAGAGUGGAUUGAUUCAGCGAGAAUAACCCCUUUACUUUGGCUUAAGGGAAACCCUGGAUCUGGCAAAACUGUGCAUAAGUCUCUGCUGAUAGAUGAGAGCCGUAAACUCAAGCGAAAAACCGCUGUUCAUUCUUUCUAUUGCAAACACGACAAUCGUGAAUUGAGCACUUUCUCUACUAUUGCGAGGGGUCUUCUGGCUAAGAUGCUGGAGCAAGAGAUACAUCCCAACUACAAAACCAUCGAACGUUUAAAGUGGGGGAUGAUUUCGAAAAGCCCGAAUGCCUCCUCUUCCACGGAUCUGGAAUCCGCAAUUGAAUCCCCUAUGGACUAUCCUUGGCACUCGCGGCCUAUAGAUGGUAGGGGGGAUUACCACCCGCUUUGGGAAGAGCUGAAACAUAUUUCGGAUGCUUUGGACUAUCUACACGAACGGCCUCAGCCGACCCUCGCCAACCUGUCCAGCAUACACGACUUUUCAACUCAGAGCAUCGGGAUCCCGCCUCUGUCUCCCACACUGACCGACUGGGUACCUCUGACCACAUUUGGCUAUGAUGAUGAAAUUCUUGUCAACGGCGGUAGGUGCAAGAAGUCUCGGUCUCGCGUUACAAAUCGAGGCCACACUACUAGCAUCGACGGUUCAUACUCAGUCCUCAGCUAUGCUUGGGACACAACGAGGCUCUCAGAAUGCCACUUUUGCGGUCAAUACAAGACCAAGAGAGACAUUUCCAACUACAACGACCUAAAGAGACACGUCAAGGAUCAGCACAUCCCGCCAAGUGAAUAUAUGCAUACUACUCAUGCAAGAAGACUAUCAGGAGAGCUUACAAGAAAGUUGAACAUAUCCGAACUGACCACCGAAGUAAUACCAUUCCCUUCAAUUACGCUCAUCUACGACAUUGAUUGGAGGAUACGACUUUGUCCCGACUGCCAACAGACCACCUCAGGUGGAAUAUUGAUACCAGCGAGCACAAACGAGAGCAAACUUGCCCUUCGCACAAACAAUGACUACGCGCAAUCGAACUACCAGCGCCGAUUAAAACUCAACAUCAAAGUGAGUACCAUGCGAAGCCAUUUCUGA